UGAACCCCUCUGACAAAACAAGGGCUGGGACUCCAGCGAGAGUAGCAGUGUGUCUGAAACAUUCAGCACAGGCUCUCCCUCCAUUUUAAACAUUUUUUAUAUACAUAUUUCUAUUUUUUCUCGAGAAAAGGCAUAGUAAAGCACCAUGCUGUCGGUCAGUUCAGCCCAUCAGCUCUGCAAAAUGUUUCUCUCUUUGCAUCUUGUUUUCCUGAGCGUGGCGUUUGUGGACAGCAGUGUAUCUAAUGGAAAUCCUAAUGACUGCAUGAGAUCCAAUGGUGUGGAGUACAGAGGGGAACAACGGAGCUCUUCUUCAGGUCUGACCUGUCUAAACUGGACCAACUGCACAAGAGACUAUGAUGUUAAAAUCCAUCCUGAUUCACUGACAGGUGUAGGAGAUCAUAAUUACUGUCGAAACCCUGUCUCCUCUGAGAGGCCUUGGUGCUACAUUGCCUCCCCGGAUGGAACUGUCCAGAGGCAAUUCUGUUCCAUUGACACAUGCGAAGAUAAAACCUCCACUGUGGAAGCAAAGGCCGAAUCCCUCAUCCCAACAGGAGCAACUACCACCACAGGGAGCGCUCAGCCUGCAAAGUCGAGAGCUUCUCAGGGGCAAGUUGCAGCUGUGCAGCCAGUAAUGGGCAUCAGCCAGCGGGUACGCACAGGACCCAAAAAGAAGAAGGACCUUGGCACGCUUGGCUAUGUCCUCGCUGUCGUCAUGAUGGCCAUUAUAAUCAUUCUCGGAGCAGGCAUCACAGUUGGCUACUUCUAUAAGAGGGGCCAGGACCUAAAGAAGCAGCAUGAGCAGCGGGUGUAUGAGCGUGAAAUGCAGAGGAUCACCCUACCCCUAUCGGCUUUCUCUAACCCUACAUGUGAGAUAGUAGACGAGAACACCAUUGUGAUCUCUGCAGAGCAAGAGACUACCCCUGUCCUGGAGGAAGCAGAGGGCGGGGACCCGCUCAUGGGCCAGCAAGCCGGCACCCCUGGGGCAUGAGUCGUAAAUGUGUCGUCCUCGAGCGGAGGACUUGUAUACGUUUUAGUGGACCGAAACACUUCUACAUCCGUUUCUCCUUUCCGCCUCCCGGAGUGACCUCUGUUUUUAAAAGGAAUAGGGAAGCAGUGUUUACUCCAAAGACUUCAACUGAAUGCUGCGUCCUUUGUGUCCCAUUCCCGUUUGAUUUUACACAUCUGAGUCACAAAUGAGAUAAGCUGACACUGGACACAGAGACACAGGAGGACAUUAUUUCACAGCAACCAGAAACCUUAAAGGUGAAUUGGUCGUUAACAAACAUCGAGGUCUUCAAAAUUCAUGUUCGGUAUAUUUGAUAGCCAAACAAAUAUGGUCAUGGGCUGCCCGAUUAAAUAACAGUAUGAAAAUCUAGUCAAGUGAGCGUUGACUAGUCAGUGUUAAUAAUGGUGUGUGAUGAAUCCAAUGCUUUGUAAAGAGAUGGUGUUUGGAAUGAGGGAAUGUUCAUAACCUUUUGAUUUUGUAUGUUUCCAUGUGGGGUAAGUGCUCUCCACAAGAGGCGCGGUUACAUGAUGAAAUAUGUGCUUGAUUUGAACUCCCACUGGCUGUGCCGAGGGAGCACCGUGUGUAUAUAUAAAGGCCGCUUUGUCUCAGAGACACACUGGUGACACUGAUGUAGGUGUCCAAAUACAGCCAUCCCUCUCUGAGACAGGAUGAGGGAUUAUGAGGUAAAACAGCCCCGCUAAAGACAAGGGAAGACCUCCGACUCAAAACUUGCCUUAGCAUGAUACUUCUGAAUGUAUUUUCUUAAUCUUUUCCCAAAUGAGUUUUGCUCUAUUUGUACUCAAACUGACAGUUGCCAAUGCGGUUACACAGCAUGAAAAUCAUUGGCAGACGUGAAAUAGGACAUGCCCUUUUCUUUCACAGGUUAAGGAGUGACAGGAAAUAAUACUGAGUGCUCUCAGGAAGCAUGAGAGACAGUAGUUAGUCCUCAGGACAAAACAGCACUGCCACAACACAGAACAGAUGAGAUCAGAAAAAGAAGCCUGAAGUCUUCCUUUGCAGAAGCAGGAGAGCGAGUGUGUGUUGAAGUGCUGAAGAAGCCUGGUGCCUAGAUUAGAUUCAGACAUUUGAGUUAUGCACUUGAUGCUUCAGGGUAGAGAGGCAGGAGGAUAAUAGACAAGAAGCAGUCCAAAGUUUGGUGUUCUUCAUUCAAAAACAUGAAUGCAUGUACAUGGUUAUCUAGUGUAUGUUUGCAUCUUAAAUAGUACAAAUACUCAUUGAACAAGACAUUUAGAAAAUAUCUGCCUGAAAAAUAAGCGCCAUUGUUCACAGAAGAUUUUAGUUUGCCACACCUGUUACUUCUCAGUGUACUGCCAGUUUGUUUGUAAUCACUGCAUCACUCCAGAUGAUCCUGUUUUGUGAUUAUUGCUGGAUCCACGUCACUGUAAAUCUUUGUUACUGCUGCUCCAUUGUUUUAAGAGUCUGUGUGCUGGCUGUAAUUAUUAUUUUCUUCAUAUAAGCAAGAUGUUCAAAAUGCUGUUGUUUGAAUUUAGUACUUGUAUUUGUAUGAAUGGCAGAUUUUCAAUGCUGAGACUGAAAUAAAACGUCAAACACUA